GGAGUGAUUAUCUUACAAGAAUGGUGGGGAAUAAACCAACAGAUUCAAGACGAAGCCGCAGAUAUCGCCGCAAGAGGAGAAUUUUCAGCCCUGUGUCCCGACCUUUAUCGAGGUCAGGUGGCUACGGAUAAUGAAAAUGCCGGUCACUUGAUGAAUAAUUUGGACUGGCCCGGCGCCAUUAAAGACAUCCAAGCCUGUGCUAAGUUUCUUCUAAGUAAUGGCUGUAAGAAAGUUGGGGUGACAGGAUUCUGUAUGGGAGGGGCUUUAAGUAUGGCCGCAGCUGCCCUUGUUCCAGAAAUAGGUGCUGCUGUCCCAUUCUAUGGAAUUCCCAGUCCUGAAUUAGCCGACCCCAGCACCAUCAAAGUUCCAUUACAGUGCCAUUUUGGCGAUUGUGAUGAACAGAAAGGCUUCUCGGCACCAGAGGACCAAAGUAAACUCGUAUCCAAAUUGAAAGCAGGAAAUGUUCCAUAUGAGUUCCACUCGUACAAGGGUGCCGGUCAUGCCUUUACCAAC